GAUAGUAUAGGGUAUUAUAUACUCCUCCUUGUGAACUUCGCCUCCUACACGGCACGCUCGCAGCCUGCGCGGACGCGGCACUGCUGUGAACCAUGAAGCUCAUGGGAAGCUUUGUGCAGGUGGCUCUUGCCCUGUGCUGCUUCUUAGAUACUGUCUUUGGAGUUGAGGUCGACUGCAGCCAGUACCCCAAAGGCACCACCAAGGAUGGCAUCGCCUGGGUAGCCUGCCCCAGGAACUACGCGCCCGUGUGCGGCACCGACGACAUCACCUACAGCAACGAAUGCGGCAUCUGCCUCCACAACAGGGAACACAGAGCCCAUGUUGGCAAACAGCAUGAUGGAGAAUGUGAGCAGAAACCUAUUCGGAUUGACUGCAGUAGAUACCAUAGUAUGACAAAAGGUGACCAAGUCCUUGUAGCCUGUCCAAGGAUAAUGAAACCAGUCUGUGGCUCUGACAGCUCCACUUACAGCAAUGAAUGCGAGAUCUGUGCCUACAAUGUAGAACAUCAAGCUAACAUCAGUAAAAAGCAUGAUGGGCCUUGCGAGGAAGAGACUACCCCGAUUGAUUGCAGCCAGUACCCAACACAAGUCACUGAAGAUGGUGAAACAUUAGUAUCCUGUCCCAGGAUCCUGGAUCCAGUUUGUGGCACAGAUGGUUCUACAUAUGCUAAUGAGUGUGAGAUAUGUGCCCAUAAUGGAAAGCACAGAUCCCACGUUGGCAAAAAGCAUGCUGGAAAUUGCAAACAGACUGUUCCUUCUCCUGAACUUGACUGCAGUCAAUAUCCAUCAAAAGCAACUAAGGAUGGCAGAGCCCGGAUAGCCUGUCCGAAGAUUCUCCUCCCAGUCUGUGGCUCUGAUGGAUUUUCUUAUGACAAUGAGUGUGGCAUCUGUGCCCAUAACCUGGACCAUGGAACUGAUGUUAAGAAGAGCCAUGAUGGAAGAUGCAAGACUAAAUCUCUCCCAGUUGACUGCAGCAGAUACCUGACUGGGACUACCAAAUCCGGAGAGGCAAUCACUGCCUGCCCCUUCAUCCUGCAGGAGGUCUGUGGGACGGACGGCGUCACCUACGGCAAUGACUGUGCCUUGUGUGCCCACAACCUGGAACGGGGAACCAAAGUAGGCAAAAAGCAUGAUGGAAAAUGCAUUGAGGAGGUUCCUCCACUCAACUGCAGCAAGUACCGCUCCAUCACCACGGAUGAUGGCAGGAAUCUGAUGCUCUGCACCAUGAUCUACAGACCCGUCUGCGGGACUGAUGGUGUCACUUAUGCCAGCGAGUGUAUGCUGUGCUCCCACAAUCUAGCUCAUCGGACCAACAUUGGUAAAAGAAGUGAUGGAAAAUGUGCAAAAGAUGCUGUAAAAGACUAUUGUAGCGACUUCCAGGAACCCUCUCCUAUUUGCACUAUGGAAUAUCUACCACACUGUGGCUCUGAUGGCCAAACAUAUGGAAACAGAUGUCUCUUCUGCAAUGCCUUCCUGGAGAGCAACAAGGCCCUCGCACUCAGUUCUUUGAGUGAAUGCUCAAAGAGCUGAGCAUUCAGUACAGUGAAGUGCACUGGAGUCCGGCUCAGGAAGAAAAUCUGCCUUCUGUGUGACUCCCAACAGGCUGAUCUUCCCUAAGAAGUUUCCUUCAGCUUGUCUUGUUUCCUCCCAUGUCCUGAAACAGUUUUUAUUCAAUAAACUCACUUGGCAACGU